GACAUUUAAACAAAGGACAGCCAUAAAAGCAUGUAUGCACAUGAAAGUGUUUUCGUCUGUGAAUGACAGAGAGAAAGAAUGAACUGAUGAGACGGCCUGACACCGGUAACCAUGGCAAUGACUGGUCAGACGUCCUGUUCCUCCAUGAGCAACCACACCAAGGAGCGGGUCACUAUGGCCAAAGUGACCCUGGAGAACUUCUACAGCAACCUGAUCUCUCAGCAUGAGGAGAGGGAGAUGAGGCAGCAGAAACUGGAGAAGGUGAUGGAUCAAGAGGGACUAGCUGAUGAAGAGAAGCGUAUUCGGCGCUCCCAGCAUGCAAGGAAGGAGACAGAGUUUCUGCGGCUCAAACGAACCCGUCUUGGAUUAGAUGACUUUGAGUCACUCAAGGUGAUCGGUCGUGGUGCUUUCGGAGAGGUACGUCUGGUUCAGAAGAAAGACACAGGCCAUGUGUAUGCCAUGAAGAUCUUGCGCAAAGCUGAUAUGCUUGAGAAGGAACAGGUCGGUCAUAUACGGGCUGAAAGGGACAUUCUGGUGGAGGCAGACAGUCUGUGGGUUGUGAAGAUGUUCUACAGCUUUCAGGACAAGAUGAACCUCUAUCUCAUAAUGGAGUUCCUACCCGGCGGAGACAUGAUGACACUGUUGAUGAAGAAAGACACUCUAACGGAAGAGGCUACGCAGUUUUACAUUGCUGAGACGGUGCUAGCCAUUGACUCCAUCCACCAACUGGGUUUCAUCCACAGAGAUAUUAAACCUGACAACCUGCUGCUGGAUUCAAAGGGCCAUGUGAAGCUGUCUGAUUUUGGAUUGUGUACAGGGCUUAAGAAGGCUCACAGGACAGAAUUCUACAGAAAUCUCAACCACAGCCUGCCCAGCGAUUUUACGUUCCAAAACAUGAACUCAAAAAGAAAAGCAGAGACAUGGAAAAGAAACCGGAGACAGCUGGCCUUCUCCACUGUUGGAACCCCUGACUACAUCGCUCCAGAAGUAUUUCUGCAGAACGGAUACAAUAAACUCUGUGAUUGGUGGAGCCUGGGGGUCAUCAUGUACGAGAUGCUUAUCGGUUACCCACCCUUCUGCUCAGAGACUCCUCAGGAGACGUACAGGAAGGUGAUGAAUUGGCGGGAAACGCUGACUUUCCCCCCCGAAGUUCCCAUUUCAGAGAAGGCAAAGGAUCUUAUUCUCAGGUUCUGCUGCGAGAGUGAAAACAGGAUUGGCGCUGCUGGAGUUGAAGAGAUCAAAUCCAAUCCUUUCUUUGAAGGGGUGGACUAUGACCAUAUCAGGGAGAGACCCGCUGCCAUUCCAAUCGAGAUUAAAAGCAUCGAUGACACGUCAAACUUCGACGAGUUUCCAGAUUCAGACAUCCUCCAACCAACAUCAUCUGUUGUGUCGAACCACAGUGAAGCUGAUUUAAAGAGCAAAGACUGGGUCUUCAUUAACUACACGUACAAGCGCUUCGAGGGCCUGACUGCCCGGGGGGCCAUUCCCUCCUAUAUGAAAUCAGGGAAGAGAUAAACACAGAACCUGCACAGAGCAUGUGUUUGUCCUUUACGGAGCCCUUUCCCAUUGCUUCUCAUCACUGCGGAUCGGUCGGCAUCUCCAAACUUGUCUGUUUCUUGUGGGCCACGCUGUGAUGCAUUCAUGGUAGUGGACUCGUUCUCUUCCAGCACUUCCUACCAUUUUAUUACCCAAGCGUCUUUAGUAGGAGCUGCUAAAGCUAUUUCUAGUCGCCUCCCCCCCCAGACUAGGAAUGCAAAUUCUUGUCCCCUGAAUAGAGAGAAUUUUUUUUUCUGACUUGAUUAACAAUUUAUGUAGAAGACUAGAAUGUGGCCAGUCCACUUUCAACCAGGGAUUUGAGUUUAGUUAGCGUAAUCAAAUCCCAUCGAAGAAUUCUGCUCCGUUUCAACCUAAACGUCAUCUGCUGUAGAAAUGAAUUUACACAUUUUCAGUAAACAAAAGUAGGACACCUUUUUUUUUUCUUUUUUUUUUAUAAAAAAGUCCAAGAAUUUGGAUACAUUUGGUUUUUAUCCUUGUUUGUGUGUGUUUAUUAUAUAUAUAAAAUAUAAUGUUUGAGAGUGCUUGCCAUUACAUGCUUCACCUUACUGGCAAUGGCAAAAUGCAAGGGGCUUCUCUUUUUGGUUAUGCAAACAGUUUUCAGUGCUUGAAAGCCAAUUAUAAUGUUUGAACCUGCCUCCAGGGACAGACAUUGCCUUAAAUUUGGAUACUAGACGAAUGUUCCACUUGUUAUACCAGCAAAAUGUCCCUCUUCUAGACCUGCACACUGAAGCAAACAUUUUUUCCUCGGUUUACUUUCUUUUCCGUAUACCAGCCAGCAAUGAUGACCAAGUGACGUAUUGUAGACCAGCAUAUUUAUCGUAAUUAUUUCAACUGCAGAUGUAACUUUACCUUGUGAUUUUUACAUUUGCUAGAUGUUCGUAUCCGUACUAAAUUCGAAUCUUUUUUUUUUUUUCCUUAAAAGGGCUCAUUGUUCAUGUUUACCUUGUUCAGUUUGGGAACAAAGCAUGAGUCGGAUGAGCGUGUACUGAAUUCGCUUAUUUGAUUAUAUACUCUGCAGUCUUCCACGUUGAUACCGGGCUGAAAAAGCAUGUUAAUAGCAAAGCAAUAUUUUACCAAAGACUUGUUACUUUUAGCAGCUCAUGCACCCUUGUUAUGCCUUCGAGGAGCUUGAUUUGUACUCGAAAUUUGAGGUUUCUGCCUUGUAGAGUAGUGGCGAAAAAUAAAAUAAACACACAAAAUUAUUUAUCAUGGGACAGUAGCUGUCUAUUGUCGUCAUUCCAGCACUAUUUGUGUAGAAAACUCACUCAUCGUGAUUUAAGGAACGUUUGCGGGAGUCUGCAGACGUUGUAUGACUCGGACGGAUAGGUCUCACUCAGUUACAUUUCGAUAGGUUCUUUCAUCAGCAUCAUGUUAAAACGAAAUCCUGUUCUCAAUAAGCUGAGUUGUUUUGUGUCAUUAUUAGACUGUCCUGGUGUUGUAGCUAAGAUCAAUCCAAUCUAGAUUUAGCUUUGACUCAGCUGGAUUCGAAAACCAGAUCCAAUUAGAGCUAAUUGUACUUUCGGUCCAAACUUCUGCUGAAUUGUAACUAUUGAUUUGUUCCGUCUGACUGAAGCAGGAGAAUGUAAGGAGGUUUCUUAUUUUGCAAUACAAAAUGCUGUUGUUUAAGCAAAUUACUAUCCGCAUGGCCUCACAAAUCCAAAAAUGCUGUUGAUUUUAUGAUGAAAAGAAAAAGCACCAUUGUGGGACUUUUUCCAAAAUGCUGUAGUUUUUAUAUUUCAGGAGCUAUACAAGGGAGCAUUUGCGUUUUGUAAAUUAGAGCAUUAUUUCAUUGAUCGUGUAGUCGGGCCAUUCUGCUCGCAUGAUUUUGCAUGAGCGCUGCUCAAACGUUGGAUGAUAUCUGAAUGGCACAGAGUUCGCGUUUAAUUACUUUUAAACUCUAUUCUUCUUCUUCUUCUGUUGCCGUGUCCCUCUGUUCCAGCACUGUGCAGUUUGUUACUUGGGAACAAAACGUUCCUUCUUGUUCAGAGUUUAUUUGUGAGAACAUGCUUGUUCAAGCUAUACACACAACACCCAUUUGACUGCUGGAACAAUAAAAAAGACGUGCUGAAGUGACUCAUUCUCAAAAUGGAAACUGGUGGGUUUUGUAGUAGGCCUCAUUUAUCAGGCUGGAUACGAACGUUUGUUUAUUCGUGAAUCUUUUACCCAAUAUAGUUUGUUCAGGAAAACGUUUAUAUCCUGGACAUGGGGAAGCCAUGGCCUCAUGGUUCGAAAAGCAGCUUUGGGACCCAAAGGUUGCCAGUUUAAUUCCCUGGACCAGCAGGAAUGGCUGAAGUGCCCUUGAGCAAGGCACCUAACCCUUAACCGCUCCCCAGGCUGCUCUGGGUAUGUUGUACGCCACUCCUGGAUAACAGCGUCCGCUAAAUGCCAUUUAAUGUAAUGUACAAACGCCUGGAUUUGUGUAAAUUUGCGUAUAAGGAGAAUCACGAACGUGAACCUUAGCUGAUAGACUUCAGAUCGUGUAAUCAACAAUAACGUGAAAUCAUUUAUGUAUUUUAGUUACAUAAACACAUUUUAGGAAGUCUAGCGAGACCUUUUAUAUUAAAGAAAGCAAAACCAAGCCCAUAAAUUAAUACAAAUAAAACCAGCCGUAUAAUUAUGACCAAAGUAACGGCACCCUAUAAAGGAGGAAGCGUUAGUCUGUGCCUAUGGUAGCUGAUGUGGUACAGUGGCUGAGCUGCAUUAUUGGAAGAUCAGCAUAUACCGCGCAUAGGAGGCGCUCUUUCGUCGGUUAUUCGUCAUUUUCAGCUCUUCGAGUUUUGUGAUGGUCACUAAAUGUGAACCAGCCAUGCUACGAGAGCGCUUGGCAUUCACUCGCAUACACACGUGAUUAUAAAGAAAAUCAGUGUUACCCAAAUUUUUGGUUCGUUUGGGUUUUGAAAACAUUUCCAUACAAUUUUUGUGAAAGACUGAUAAAUGAGGCCGAAGGUUUAGAUCUCAGAUUGCACUGUUUAAGAGAUGGAAGUUUCGACAUUAUGACAUUUUGGGAACGUUCUGUUGCACAGAGGUUUAGUCACAGCUGAAGCGAUGUACAUUUGAUUUACUUUCACGGUAUGUAUAGUCCACACAGAAGGCUGUUCUAAAAAAACACUGGUCGAUUAUAUUUACCUUUUCACACAAUCAUUACAGUAGUCUAGUCUUUCUGGCUAAUUUUGGAAGAUUUAUAUACUUACUAGAACCUUCUGGAAUAAAGUGUGUGUGUGUGUGUGUGUGUGUGUGUGUGUGUGUGUGUGUGUGUUUAAGGGGUUUGUAUUGUAAGGGAUUUAUGGCUUAUUUAUUCAACCAGGAAUGUGUUUGAGAGCGUCCCUGGACUUGAGAAGAGUAGCAAAGAAGAAUGAGCUUGCUGUUCUUUUAAAGUAUAAAAUCUAAUAUAAAAACCGCUCCUGGGUUCUAUAAUGUUGCAUUCUACUGUGAGACGAUGAAGUCGGGCCUCUCUCUGCCUUAAUAUUAAGUUUGUAGAUUGUAGCUUCACUUCAUAGAGCACCUUUACUGGUUUGUUAUUGAGGGAGUUUGUGGGGAGCACACAAUUUUAAUGUUAUAAUUCAAUAAAGCACCAGUUUAUUUA